AUGUGCUACUCAUUUUUAUAUUGUAUCAGGAUAUUUCUUUUUCAUAUUCAAUGUAUAUUUCAAUCUACAUUAACACCCCGUAAAUGUGCAUUUCGAAUAAUUUUGCAGCUUGUUAUUUUUCCGAUACACCGUUUUAAGUAUCUUUUGCAACUUUUCGCGAGGAUUGGCAAAAGUUUAGGACUUGGGGCAACAACACUCAAGGUGGGAAAAGUACAGUUGCGCCAUGAAAAAUUCUUCUUGGCAAUUCUUGAUUGUUAUGUUAAGUUAAACAAUUUAAUGAAACUUUUUGAUCACGAUUUUUGUUUCAAUGACAGUAAUUUCAUUGUUCAAGGUUGA